AUGGCUAGAACAAAGCAAACAGCUAGAAAGUCUACUGGUGGUAAAGCCCCAAGAAAACAACUAGCCUCCAAGGCCGCUAGAAAGUCCGCCCCAUCGACCGGUGGUGUCAAGAAACCUCACAGAUAUAAGCCAGGUACCGUUGCUCUAAGAGAAAUCAGAAGAUUCCAGAAAUCUACUGAACUUUUGAUUAGAAAGCUACCAUUCCAAAGACUGGUCAGGGAAAUCGCACAAGAUUUCAAGACCGACUUGAGAUUCCAAUCUUCCGCUAUCGGUGCCCUACAAGAAUCCGUCGAAGCUUACUUGGUCUCUUUGUUUGAAGACACUAACUUGGCCGCUAUCCACGCCAAGCGUGUCACCAUCCAGAAGAAGGAUAUCAAGUUGGCUAGAAGAUUGAGAGGUGAAAGAUCUUGA